AUGUUCUUGCAGGUUACUAGAACUCACGAAGGCACGAAUCCUUCGGCAAAGAAGCUUCAUGUUCGUCGCUACAGCUUCCAUCCGUACAUUUAUGAGGCUGAUUGCUGGGAGGAGUCCAGUCUCAUCCGAACAGUGCACUUACGUGGAUUUGGUGGAUUUUUUCAUUUUGAGCACUUCAAACUGCUAAGAGUGUUGGUAAUCCCUUAUUAUGAGUUUCAAGAUUUCCCUCUUGAGAUAACAAAAUUAGUACAUCUCAGAUACCUUCAGUUCUGGUGUAGUGAUGAUAUUCACCAGUUAGUGUCAAAGCUAUAUAAUCUGCAGACCUUCAUUUUUCGUCACGAAGCUCUUAAACCUCCAACUAUACCUGAGACAAUUUGGGAAAUGAAACAUUUAAGGCAUCUUCAAGUCGUCAAGAGAGUCUUUUCUCUUGCAAUCCCUAAGUCUGGUUUCAAACUAGAAAAUUUGGAGGGACUUUCCUGUCUAAAUUUGUCCAGCUGUACUUAUGAAAUGUUUUCUGCAUUUCCAAAUCUUAAGAGGCUGAAGAUUCAUGGAAAUUGGAGGGAAUGCAAGAGAGAGAAGAUUUCCCAGCACCUAGAUAGUCUUUCCUGUUUAAAAGAACUUGAAAUAUUGAAGUUCAGGUACCAAGGAGCCUACCGUCGCCAGCUACCAAGGAAGUUUUCUUUACCUACAUCUCUGAAGAGGUUGACUUUAACAAAUACUCUUUUUCCACCGGAAGACAUGAAAAAUAUUACAAUGUUGCCAAACCUCGAAGUGCUUAAAAUGAAAGAUGUAUUUGAUAGUGAUGAGUGGAGAUUAAAUGAUGAAGACAUUUUCAGUCAACUUAAGUUCCUCCUAAUCAGUGUGACGUUUCUGAGGCACUGGGAAGCUGGGAGUGUUAACUUCCCAAAACUACAACGCCUAGUUCUGAGAAGCUGCAUAGGCCUGGAAGAAAUCCCUAAAGACUUUGGAGAAAUUUAUAGCUUGGAGUCAAUAGAAUUGUAUGACUGUAGUAUGUCCGCUGCAAAAUCAGUGGAAGAACUUCGAGAAGAGCAAGAGAGCAUGGGGAAUGAUUGCCUUAGUGUCGUCAUCAAUAAUUGUGUGUAA